AUGGGUAAACAUAUUGAACAACGACAUGACAGCCUUCCUGACAAGCAAGAAGAGAUUCAGAUUCUUCAAACCAAUGAAGAUACGCAAUCGUGCAGGUCAAGGAAAUCAUCUAGUAAAAGCAACUGUUUCGUAAGACAACAACUCAAGAUUGACGCCGAGAUAAAGAAGCGGAAACUGGCGCAAGAGAUUGUGGAUUUAGAAUUGGCGAUGCAGGUCUCCAAGUUAGAACAAGAAGAGGUCGACGGGAAUUCUGAAUCAAUUAUUCCUAUUACAAUUAAUACAAAUGGAAAUUAUGUACAUACUCAUGCUUUACUGGAUGAUGCAUCCACAGUUACACUCAUAGAUCAAGACUUAGCUGAUGAACUUCAUAUGGAUGGACCUCAACGUACACUCACCAUUCAGUGGACAAAUAAUCAAGUUCGUCAACAAGACGAUUCAAGAAUAUUCAGAAAUGAUGGAAAGAUUUCUUACUUAGGUAAUGGGGUUUUGUCUAUGACAAAUGCAAAACCUAAGGUGCUAAUCGGACAGGACAAUUGGCCCCUACUAGUUAACAAAAGGAUUAUUUCUGGACCUUGGAAUGGCCCUGCCUUAAGCAAGACACUGCUGGGAUGGGUACUUCAUGGAAAUGUAAGCCAGACUGCUAACACAUUUUCAAACAAGCAUACCACUAGUCACGUAUGUCACAUGAGUAGUGAAGAUAAGGACGACUUGGAUGUUUUACAUGACUUAGUUAAACAACAAUGGCAAAUAGACUCGUCUGGAGUAUAUAAGCUUGAAAAAGCAAUGUCCAAAGAAGACAUGGUCGCUCAGUCUAUAAUGGAUAGAACCAUGACAAGAUCAGGAGGAAGAAUUGAAACCGGACUCCUCUGGAAAGAUGAAAAUGUAGUACUUCCCGAAAGCAAGAAAAAUGCGAUGAGAAGACUUAUUUGCACUGAAAGAAAAAUGGACAAAAAUGAAGAGUAUGGCAGAAGAUAUUGUCAGAAAUUCGAUGAACUGGUGAAAAAGAAGUAUAUACGAAAAUUGAACAACAGCGAGAUAUGUGGAGAUCAAUUCAAAGUCUGGUAUUUACCUCAUUUUGGUAUAAUUAAUCCAAAUAAGCCUGAUAAAUUACGCAUUGUUUUCGAUGCUUCUGCCAAGAGUAAUGUAUAUGCGUUCACAGCUGACAUUAAAGAGAUGUUUUUACAAGUUCGCGUUAAGAAAGACGACUGUAGUGCACAACGCGUCCUUUUCAGAGAGAUGGAUAGAACGAGAGAACCUGACGUUUAUGAAAUCGAAGUUGUUUUCUUUGGAUCGACUUGUGGUCCUUGCUUAGCUCAGGAAGCUAAGAAUAAGAAUGCACAAGAGUUUAAACUGACUCAUCCAGAUGCUGUUCACGACAUUAUAGAGAAGCAUUACAUGGAUGACUAUUUGGGUGGAGCAGACACAAUUGAAGCAGCCCAUAAAUUAAUUGCAGAUGUGAUUUAUAUACACACACAACCUUGGACUGUGACUACUGACAAUCGAGAUCUUAAUCUUAUGAACAGUUGGAGGUCAGCUCAGCGUUUGGCAGACUUCUUUUGGAAGCGAUGGCUUGAUGACUAUUUACCAACAAUUAUUAAACGGUCCAAAUGGUAUCAAGAACAGAAGAAUAUCAAAGUUGAUGACAUUGUUAUAAUUGUUGAUCCAAAUGGAACAAGAAAUGAUUGGCGAAAAGCAAGAGUAGUUAAAACGUAUCCUGCCAAAGAUGGUAGAAUUCGUAUAGUUGACGUCAAGGAUGGGAAUGGAAAGGUAUACCGAAGAGCGCUGUCCAAACUCAUUGUACUUGAUCUUCAGUAG